AUGUUGGAUAAAAACCAGCGCAUCUCCGCUGACAUGAUUCUACUCUGGACGUCAGAACCCAACGGCGCCUGCUUCAUACGCACGGAUCAGCUGGACGGUGAGACAGACUGGAAGCUGCGCAAUGCUGUUCCCGUCACCCAGAACUUGGUUGUCGCCUCUGGGAACCCGCAGUCUCUCUUUGAUAUUCAGGUAUGUGCUUUAAUGUAA